ACCAUCGCUAUAAUGAGAUGCCAAAAUUGUUUAUAAAAGUUCAAAUUGUCUUUUGCUAACGUUUAGUCGUUUAACGUAUUUCAUAUAAGAUAAAAGUUUCCUCACUUUAAUAACUGGGUUAUAUUGUGUUUGUUAAAAGUUCACGCAUACAAUUCAUUAUGGAUACAAUUUUUUCAAUGAUUAUGCUAAUGGGUGUAGCUGUCUUUACAGUUUCGUCAAAGCCUCAAGGUUACCAAUUUCUUACGUCCAAUGUCAAGAGGCCUGCAAGCACUCAAACAACAAGACGAAUCGAUGAUAUUCACAAUUCCCCUGUGUUUUCGACUGCAUCGCAUUAUCUGCCCCCACCAGGCCAGAUUGGAGAAAGUUUCGAUACGCAAGAGCAAUAUCAGACGCUGGGGAAUCAACCGACUAUAACAAAGGAUAUUUAUUUACAUUUUGCACCAGAAUAUCCACAUGAGCAAAAAUUGCAUUCAGAUUCGACGGUGCCAAGAAAGCAUUAUCGCAUUAUAUUUAUUAAAAGUCCCGUAACCGGUUUAAGCGAAGAGGCUGCGCGCUUCAAAGAUGCUGCUAAACAAGAGAAAACAAUUAUUUAUGUGUUGAAUCGAAAACAUGAUCCCGUCGAAUUUCAGACGGCCAUAGAAGAAGCCGUCAAUAAGGAGUUCACUAAACCGGAGGUUUUCUUUAUCAAAUACAGUACUCCCGAAGAAGCUGAAAGAGCGCAGCAUGCCAUUCAAGCUGAAUACGAGAAACUUGGUGGCAGCACCCGAAUUUCUGACGAAAUCGUUGCACCCGUUGUUAACGUUUUGGAGGAUCCGUCAGUUUCAACAAUCACUUCUUCUGAUAAACGUUAAGCCUGGCUUGACCAACUCAAGGAUGAAAGCUUCAUAAUCUUUAAGACUUUGUACCGCCAUCUUUGAAACUAAUUUUCGGAUAGUUGGUCGGAUAACUACCUAUCUAUCUAUUCUAUCUUUAAAUAUAAAUGUCUUUCAUAUGCAUGUCUUGCUAUAUAAUAUU